AUGCCAGUGGAAGCCACUCGCCCGACGAAUCCUUUUUCCUUUGACGAUGACGACGAAGAAGGAUGGCAGGAGAUGCCAGUUAUCAAAGAGGAUGACUUCGGAGGCGGUCUUGACGAAGAAGAUCAAAAGAAAUACCACUACAUGCCCUCAUCAAAGAAACCGUCGCAAUCUUCAUCGACAGCUGGCAAUGCAACUGGCAAUCUCAUCGAUUUUGACGAGGAGGGCGUUGAAUGGCGCUCCAAGGCAGAACAGAAUGAGAACGAGUAUACCAGACUGCGGGUCAACGAAGAGGAUGAGGCGGAUGAGGUUCACUUGCGCACGCGAUACCUGUUUGAUGAGGACAAGGCUAUGACCCCGCUCAGCCAGAUGCAAGCGACCAAGAAUAUGUUGACCGAAGCACAGCGCAUUGCUUACGUCGGUGUCUGCGCCCUCACGGCGAAAGAAAUGGUGGAGAAGAUCAAGACGACUAAGAGAAAGGAGCUCAAAGCAUCCGCCCAACAUAUGGAGUUGUGGGCGAUGAAGAUAAUGGGCCGGCUCUAUUACCACAUGGAGCUUGAAACUGCAGAACAGAAGAUGAUAGACAGCCUAGCGGUGCAUGGUGUGCAGGCAAUAGAUCUUGUACCAUCACUAAUGACCACCCAUACCGUUGCCAACCCCGAAUACGACCCAGCUGAAGCACAGCGGCAGGCCGAAGCUCAGGAGGUGAAGAAAGAUACGACAAGCCGGAGGAACUCCAAAGGCAGUAAACUUCGACCUUCCAGUCUGGUAUUAAACCAUCACAGUCCUCCUCAGACACCGACAUCACCCUCCUCGGCGACUCAGAAGACCUUUCAGACCACGGCCAAAGUUCUUGAGGGUACCUCUGUCGAUUCUGCAUCGAUGGGAGUCACCACGACGCUUUCAUCUGUCGAAAAAGACGUUACACUUGAUAUCCGAUGGACCGUUCUGUGCGACCUGUUCCUUAUACUCAUCGCAGACAGUGUCUACGACGCAAGAUCACGUGUUUUAUUGGAGAGCGUGGCUCUCAAGCUUGGACUUGGCUGGUUGGAUGUAGUCAAGUUCGAGGCACGCGUGACAGAAGCACUUGAGAUCCAAGAAGGCGUCGAGAAGAUGGAGAAUCAGGAAAUUAUUGACGGGUCGUCAAAAGCUGCGCGAAAAAAGCGGUAUAUGAUGAUGGGUUUGGCUACGCUUGGUAAUAUCCUUUAUUCUGAUCAAGAUGCGCAAGAUGUGCUAAUUUAUCGCUUGCAUCUGAAUUCAGGUGGCGGUCUGGUUAUUGGCCUCUCUGCGGGUCUCCUCGCUCCUGUCAUCGGUGCUGGUCUGGGCGCAGCGUUUACUGCUAUCGGUAUAUCUGGGACAACAGGAUUCCUUGCUGGGGCUAGUGGGGCUGCCGUGAUCACAACUGGAGGAGUUCUGACUGGCUCCGGGAUCGCUGCCCGUGGAAUGGCCCGGCGUACGCAGCAAGUACGAACAUUCGAUGUGCUACCGCUGCAUAACAACAAGCGUGUCAGCUGCAUUAUUACCGUUCCUGGAUUCAUGAAUGGCAAGCUUGAUGAUGUCCGGCUACCUUUCAGUGUUUUGGAUCCCAUCGUCGGCGAUGUGUUCAGUAUACUUUGGGAGCCUGAGAUGAUUCAGGAAACCGGUAGUGCGCUGAAGAUUCUUACCGGGGAGAUUCUGUCACAAACAGUCCAGACUGUACUCCAGCAUACGGUGAUGACUGCGCUGAUGAGCGGACUCCAGUGGCCAAUCAUUCUCACAAAGCUUGGUUACCUGAUUGAUAACCCUUGGAGUAACGCGCUCGACCGUGCACGAGCAGCUGGUAGUGUUCUUGCACAGCUCCUUAUUCAGCGUCACCUCGGCGUUCGACCGAUCACACUCAUCGGUUUCUCUCUCGGCGCACGUGUCAUCUUCUAUGCCCUCCUCGAUCUUGCCAAGGCAAAAGCUUUUGGCAUCGUACAAGACGUUUUCCUUCUUGGUGCAACAUUAACAGCAUCGACGAGCACAUGGUGCGACGCACGCAGCGUCGUUUCAGGCCGUUUUGUAAACGCAUUCGCGAGAAAUGACUGGGUUCUGAACUACCUCUUCCGUGCAACCAGUGGUGGCCUGAAUACGGUUGCGGGCUUGCGGCCAAUUGAGAAUGUGCCGGGGUUGGAGAACGUCGACGUUACUGAUAAGAUCAGGGGACAUAUGAGCUAUCGCGCGUUCAUGCCACUUAUAUUAGACCAGCUUGGCUUCCCCGUUUCAUCCGAUUACUUCGAUGAACCCGUUGAACCCGAAUUCAACGAGGAGAGGGUUGUUGUGAGGGAAGGAGACGAUACACAGAAGAAGAAGUGGUUUUCUAGGAAGAAGAAACCAUCAGUGUCGCCAACCCCAGUAUCGAGGCCCCCUUCGACAGCUUCUUUCGCGUCAUCAAGGCGGAAACCCUCUUCACUAGGGAAAUCGACUGAUGAUGAUCUACCUAUUCGCGAGUCAACGGGAACACCCCCACCCCAGUAUACCAACCCUCAUUCAAUACAAACUUCCGAUGGCCAAUCAUCGAGUUCUUCAACUGACAUCCCCGUUCAUGCAGGAUUCGAUCUGAAGGCCAUCGAAGAUAUGAUAAGACAAUCGGAGAAAACUCCCGAGGAACUGCAGCCUUCCCGAAUCCAUUCAUCUCCAGUUGCAUCACAAUCAGAAUCUGCCCCACCAGCCUACACACGUUCAAUUACACACGUUGCCAACCCUAUAGAAUUAUCUGUGACUGACAUUGACACAAACACCGAGUUGAGCGCUACGCUCGCCACCUCGCUGUCACUCCACAAUGUGCCUGAUGUUGGCGAUGACGUCGACAACGGCCAGGACAUGCCCCCAUUGGCUAAUGGUCUUGGCUCCGCAGAUGACCUAAUUUAUCCUUCUUCAGCCACCUCUCCGCCCACCUCCAUUCCUCAGAUAUCCUUCGGUGGAAGUGAGACAUCGAUAUGGUCUCCUCCACUGCUGGAGAAGAGAACUUCUCCAUUUGGAAAUCCCUUUGUAGCUAAUGCAGUCUCGUUUGGAAAGUCGAGUAGUUCGACAAAUGACCUACACAGUACAUUCUCUCCAGCGUCUGAUCCCUCAGCGUCGCUGUCGUUUGGCGGAACAGAUGGGACGAUAACUUCGCAGGGUAUGGGGCGAGAUCCGUGGAGCAUUCCUGUUGGGGACCCGAAGAAGAGUCCCAAUUAUCUGGCCAAUCCUUGGUCAACUUGA